UUAACUUAAAUGUCCUCCAUUUAUGCUAAAAUAUUUUGGUUGGAUGAUUAUGAAAAACCUUGGUUGGGCUUUGGGAAGGAAACCUCUCCUUUCUCGUUGCAUGUUUUGUUUGACAAACUUGGGACAGAAGGCAGUAUACAGUACGUCUUGUUUGAGACGAGCUGCAAAAUAUCCUGCAAUUUUGUGAUUAAAUUAAAUAUCUGACAGCUGCAACUGUCAGACAUUUAAAACCCACAAGGGAAGGUCACUUUCUGUGCCAUUAUUAUUGUGAGUAGAAGCAGUUGUGCCUAUAUUACUUGUGGCACAGCACACAAUUGACAUGACAUUUAAUGUUGCAUGUACACAACAUGGCCAUAUGUACGAGGACAUUAAACCACCCAUAUGCUGGAGAUCUUAUUCCAAAACCAUGGGUCAUAACAGCAGGGCUUCUGUGAAGACGGUCACUGAUGUCCUGUAGUGAACUUCAUCAUUCUUUCAGACAGCAAGUCAUCAGAACAGGUUGACUAGUAUUUAGAUGGCCUUCCGUUUAAUUUUACUAAAAUCUGUAUAAUAAUAAUAAUAAUAAUAAUAAUAAUAAUAAUAAUAAUAAUUUCCCAUCAAAGAUCUGCUUGUAAGGUAAACAAACACAUUAGACAUGUUUUUUCUCCUCAUUUGGCCAUAUACUGAUGAUUGCAGUUACUCUGCCACACAGUAGAGGGCGCUAUUAGCAGUAGGUCCAACACGGAAAUUCACCUCGGAAGAAACACGAAUUACAUGUCAGUGGUUCCGCCGAGCAAAAACAGCCGAUGCGGUCCUCCUUUACAGCCAAUAUCUGACAUCGACCAGCGAUCAGUCGUUCGGCUGGAAACUUACAUGUAACACGGCCGUGUUGAAGCUUAGCACAGCCCGCACCAGCACCGACCAGCGUGACGGCGUUUGGACAGAAGAUAUGAGCAGGGUGUGGAUGUGUUGAUAGCCUGGUAGUCAGCUCACCUGUCAGUGUCUGGAGUGGGGAUGGAGAACAUCGAGGAGUCUUCGCCCCUCCGGAUCACUCCCACCGUCCGGGCGCUGAGCUCCGCACUCCGGGGGAAGCGCGAAAAUGUCUCCGACUCGAGCCGGGAGAACGGCGAGAGGAUAUUCCCCGACCCGGAGAAGCUUUGGUUCAAGGAGAGCAGCUCUAAAAAUCUGCGUAACAGGGACUUCUUGUCGCCGACCACGAUGCUCAACACGCUGUAUGCGGACGGGCAGGUCCCACCAGCAGUGAUGUCCAGGGUCCUGUCGCUCCGUGGCAGUGGGGUCCUCCCUGUGGCUGGCGGGGAGGUCAUGUGCGAGGGGCUGAGGGUGAGGGUGGAUCGGGCCGCAGCCUUCAGGGCCGUCCUGGCAGGAGGGGCCACAGAGUACCUGAAGCCCUCCAGUCAGAGGCAAGGCUGUGUGGUGCUGAACUGCCCUGCGUUGCAUCCUAAACCCAGCACACCCACCCCUGAUACACUGACUUUGGGCCAGCUGAGGACGGUUCUGUUGGCUGACCACAUGGGGGAGCUGUUGAGGAGACAGGGGUUCGCAGUGUCCUAUUGCCCCACGCUUCCUGAAGACAGCGACAUCAUCACCUUUCUCCGAUCUCUGGGAAUUGAUUGGCCAACAGCCCCAGCCAACUGGACCAACAAGGAGCGAGAGGAGAAGAUUCAGGAGGCGCUGGAGAACUCCACCUACAGAGAGAGGGAAUCAGAAAGAGGCAGGAGAACCAGCGGAGGAGGAGGGAGGAAGGCAGAGGAGGGGGAGAACGAGGGAGCGCUCCGGGUUAACCUGAAACGAGUGUUCCAGGAGGAGGGGCUGCUGGGAUACGACCCCAGCCUUGGUACCUGCACAGUUCACAGCGACAGUGUUUCCCACUUGGCCCAACUGGACCUCGCCACAGCCGACUGCUCAGUAGCCAUGGCAACUGCGUUACAUGUGACUUCCUGUCAGGAUGAGUUCCGCCAGCAGCAGAUAGCGGUGCUGUGGAGAGCCACUGGAGCGACACAUACACAGAGACAUCUGGUGUGUGGGCCUGUGAAGACACCUGGUUCUCACCUCAGUGCUGCACAGUACCUGCAGCUGAGAAGAGGCCAGAUGAAGGAGGCGUCAGAGAUGAAGUAUGGAGAUCAAGUAGAAGGUCAGACGUGGGAUGACAUCAUCAGGGUCAUGACCUCUGCCACUGUCAGAUUUGAGCUGCUGUCAACUGUCCACACAAGUCCUGUGACAUUGGACGUCCAGAGGGAAGGAGGCGUGUCCACCAAAGGUCCCAGAGGAGGGGUGUUCGUGAUGUACAACUGUGCCAGACUGCACACUCUGUUCGACAGCUACGAGAGAGGAGUGGAGAAGGGUCUGUACCCAGAAAUCCCUGAAGGCUCCCAGCUAGACUUCUCUGCUCUGAAAGAAGAGGGCGAGUGGCUUCUCCUGUUCAAUUACCUCAUUACGUUCUCUGAGCUGUUGGACCAAUCAGGACAAGCGAUAGACUGUGAAGGGGGAGGGGCCAGAGUCAAUAUUAAGACUGAACAGAUCUGUAAAUUCCUCGUGUCCCUCAGUAAAGACUUCAGCUCAUACUACAACAGAGUCCAUGUGCUGGGGGAGCCGUUGCCUCAUCUCUUCAACCAGAUGUUUAGUCGUCUGUAUCUGUUAAGAGCCUUGAGAGAGCUCUACCACAGCGCUCUGGACACCCUUAACCUCCCCCCCAUCAGGCAACUAUAGCCUCGACAUGGCUUACACAUCCUGUGCUCACUGUUAGCCCUACCUCCCCACCUACCCCACAAAUACUCACCUAUGUUUUACAAGUGUAGCCUCAUCACGUACACACUUCCUUUAGCAAUUAAAGUUGGCCCUACCAAGUCACAUCGCAAUGUUUCCCUCUCUUUGGCAGUGUUAUGCUACAGCUGGAGACUGUCACAGCAAUUAUGAUAUACAGUUUUACCCACCCACUAUGUAGCUUCUUAAGCUCAUUGUCAGUCUGAUAACUUACAGCUGGAGAUACCGGAAUAUUUAAAGAAUAUAAUUAACCAAAAAUGAUGUAAUGUGACAUCAUUAAACAUUUGGGGAGCCAUUUUUGUCUCACUGAGUAUAAGUGGAAAGGCUGAGAGCAUGUUGAUGUCUUACAGUAAAUAUGAAGCCAUCACAAGCAGCUGGUUAGCUUAGCUUAGCAUAGAGACCAGAAGCAUGGCGAAUUAGCUAGCGAGGCUCUGUCCCAUGGUAACAAACCCCAGAGACUUUGGGAUGUUGAGUAAUAGUGCAACCCCCGUUAAACAAUGAAAAUGGGCCCAAUCUGUGUCUGAACUACUCCAGUCAUGUGACCAUACAGUAUACUUAUAUGCCCUUUGAGCUUUAAACUAUGAUUUUGGUGCCAAGUAGUCUGGACAUUGCAUUUAAUCUGUAAUUAGUCGUUUUAAACUUCAGAAAUUUCCCCUUUUUUCCCACAUUACGGCCCUGCUAAAUGUCACGAACAGACUCCACCGUUUGCAAAACAUUGAAGUGUCUUAGUCACUGCCUGCAGACAUUUUUUGAAGCCUUGAUCAACUGUGAGUCCCAUUUCAUGGAUGUUACCCACCUUGUAUUUAUCAAUUCCACAUUAAUAUUUAUUGUCAGUUUAAAAAAAAGAGACCUGUACAGAAUAUAUAUUCUGCAUAUGAGUCUUAAUUGCUGUGUUCAUAUUAUUAUACAGAGACCUUUAAUUAGUUAUCCUGCUUGACAAAUCAUAAAUGUUCAGUAUCAACCAACAUGUAUCAAAUGUAACAGGUGUUCAUAAGUUAUUGGCAAAUGCCACACAUUAGCAGCAUUAAGGGCAUUGUGCCACAACGUUGGGAAAUGCAUGAAAUGGCAUGAAAAUAAUAUAUAUUAAGAGUUUUAUGCCAAAAAUGUUAUUUAUAAAUUUUGGUAUGGGAAAAUAAUGACCUUAAAUGUGUUGCCAUUUCAGUUAACUGCUGUCUUAAAAUGUGCCAUAGCUAGUUUUUACUUUCUACUCCACACUGUUUUGUAAGUUGGUGUAGUUUUUUCUUUUCUUUUCUUGUCUUUUUUCAGUGAAUAUUUCACUUUGGAACAAACAGUUAAUGUGCACAAGUAUCAAAUAUCUUACAAAAUCACUGCAUGAAAUGUUUGAUCCUUGCAAAUGUUGCUUGUCCCUGAUCGUCUGUGGAUUAUUUUAAUGUUUUUUUUGUUUUGUUUUGUUUUUUUUUACAAUUUAUGGGAUGUUUUUAAAAUGCUGAUUUAUUUACAGUGACUGUCUUGUUAACCACCGCUCUAAUUACCACAGUAUUAAAGCAGUAGAGAUGCAGAAUGA